UGUAAAGGAAUACGCCACGAGAAUUUUUUGACCUACUUAUACAACGUUGCAUACAAUAUUUUUCCUACGAGUCAACAAAAAUAAAUCUUAAUUUAGGUAAACAAAUUACAGCAAAAGUAUAUAGCCAAGACGCGCGAGCAUACCUUGUUACGCGCCCGGCCCGCCCCGGGCCGCGGCCGGCCGGUCGGCGACACCUCCUCGUAACUCAUGAGGCCCUGGUACUUACUACUUGCUAAAUUAAUUUUUUGGACAGUUUUUUCUCAAUUUUGGCCACCGUAGCCUACGGAGACUAACAAGCAACGCUAAGCGGUCUUCGUAGUCUAUGGGUGUUGCUAUAUUACGGGUGUCACAUGCGUGUUUCUGACUUAUGAAGUAAUUAUUUUUACUAUGCAACCAAAUGAAUAUUUUGUAAGUUGGCAUCAAUGCACUUAGUUUAAAACUGUAUUCGUUUUGGUUUUGUUAGGUUGGUAGCCAUUAAUCGCAGUAACGUUAUAGCUUAUAAAAGCACAAGAGCUUUUAUGAGGAAUAGACAAUAUAGACUUUUCUUGAAACCUUUUAUGUAUGUUCUUAUAUUCGUGUUAAUGAAUGCAUAAAUGACAGAUAACAGUAGAGGAGUAGGAAAAAGUAAUAGUAAUCUUUCUAAUUAUAGCAGUGUUAAGUAAAUCUAUUACUUCCACAUUUUAGCACCAACAUGAUAAAUUAUUUUUAUUGCUGUAUCAAUUUUAAAUAUCCGCGGGCCAUGCGAGGUUGAAAGCAAGAUGGAUUCAAAUGACACAAAUUGUCAUAAAAUAACAUUUUUUGACAUUUAAUUCAGUAACUGGAAUGGUUUUUGAUAUUUUUCUGCUGGCAAUAAUCAAGCCUUUAUUGAAUUCAUUCACUCAAUUCACUUCAUUCAAUCGUUUCGUUCAUUCCGUUUUGUCAAGGCCACGACGAUUCCAUUAUGCUUCUCACUCGAUCAAUAUGAAAACUGAAUGUACCAAAAAGAGACAAAGGAAACAAACAACAAGAAACAACUUGCCUUGUCCUAAAAAAAUAUUUAUUUUAUUUUCAUCCCUUGCUGUGCGUAGACGCAUGUUGAGAAGAACUGUCAUUAGCUUCGAAUGCGUAUAGUUCGAGGAAUUUAAUAUAUUUGCUUGUGUUUCUGUGUGUUUUAACUAGUUUUGUGUUGUAUUCUUAUGUUAAAAGUGUUAACUUACGUUUGUUGACUUUGCCACUGGUUUGACUAAGUGGAACUCUCACCAUGUCUCUGAAGGUGUGCGGAGUGUUGGUUGGAGCCCUUCUGCUGGCCCUGCCUAUAGUUUUCGCGUGCAACGAGGCUAUUUGCGCCAGCGUCGUGUCCAAAUGCAUGUUGACCCAGUCAUGCAAGUGUGACCUGAAGGACUGCUCAUGUUGUAAAGAGUGCUUUAGCUGCUUAAGUACCUUGUACAGCGAGUGCUGCAGCUGUGUUGAUAUGUGCCCUAAACCAAAUGACACAGCAACAGCACUUUCAAAGACAUCUUAUGUAGAAGAAUUGGCAGCCGACAGUGUCCCUGUCCUGUUCAGUAGUCUGACCAGUGAUCCAGACCCAGAGGAGCGGUGGCUGUCAAUCACUUACCCUGUGGAUCUUGACAUAUCUGCAUACAGGCCUGCUAAAGACAACCAGCUGGUGUAUCAUUUGCAGAGCAUAGAGCAGGAAGCGGAGCCGACCAGCCGCGACGUGGUGACAUUCAACUGCACCAUCGCGUACAUGGCGCAGUGCAUGUCCAGCGACAAGUGCCGGACGCUGUGCCGGUCCAUGGGCGCCAGCAGCUUGCGGUGGUUCCACGACGGCUGCUGCGAGUGUGUGGGCGAUAAAUGCCUGUCAUACGGCCUCAAUGAGAGCAGAUGCCCAGGCUGCCCCGUCGGCAAGGAAGAGGAGGACGAGCUCGCCUUCGACGAUCUGGACUACGGCGAGGAGGUCAUGUCCGUCGCCGACGCCAAGCACAACUCUUAGCCUGGAGGAAGUAAGAUCUGACCUUACCUACCCCUUUAAGGCUCGUCUUAGUAUCAAUCAGUAGAAUUGGGCGAUACUUAGAUGCUUACAUUAUGUUUCUUUGUUAAGUUACAGUAUCAUCAAGGUUUAUUUUUACUAACGUAACUUAUUUUCGUAACGUUAAUCAGAUCGUCGGAUGGUACCGUCUUUUUCAAUUCGGAGGUAAAAAAAAUAUAAUUCCUUUUUCGCCUAUUGUAGCGCAUGUUCGGAUAAAUCUGAACAUUCGAGUUUGUCGAGUAAAUCCGAAAUUUGGAACUAGUCGACAUUCUGAAGUAUUCGGUUUUUCUGAAUAUAUCUUAAUGUAAAUGUGGUUCACGUUUUUUGUAGUCUUGCCGUAAUUGAAUCUAGGAUAAAAUUGGUUCACGACGAGAAGCAACUCUCAACUCUCAGUCAGUAACAAAAUUAAUACGCAUAGUAGCUAUGGAUGGUAUUCCACCUGUCCAAUUUCUUUGUCCAAUGUGCAUUGCGUCUCACUCCCUCAUCAAGCAAAAUAUGAAAUGCAAAUACACAUUGGAGCAAGAAAUUGGACUGGUAGAAUACUAACCAUUUUUUGGUAUUUAGUUUUGCCUUCCAAAGAGCAAAUAGGGUUAUAUCAGGUAAAUGUGUUCCUGUUGAACCAUUUCCUUAAAAUACCCAAUCUACCCAUCUUUUCAGUUGUAUAUCAGAUUGUUAGCAACUUUACGACCUUUUAUUUAACGCCACGCCUGUCGUGAGCGGCUCGUUAUUAUAAACCUUGUCAGAACGCGCGACGGUUGAUAUAGUGCUGUGGCCGCGCGUGUCAGAUGACAUCUUUGGCGAUAAAAGCAGGGUUACUUGAUUUGUGGAACACAUAUUUAAGAUAUACUCAAAAUCGCAAUAGCGAUAUAAUCGAAAAUCGAAUUCUCUCAUGAAUCUCGUUAAAUAUCCGUCUAUUUCGAUAUCAAACAUACUUAAGAUGUAUGUACCUAAAACUGUUUAUUUUGAAGUUGGUAUAAAAGAUCUGAUUCUAAACCUUGUAAAUUCAGAUACGGUAGUUACGGCAGGUAUACAGUAUUUAUUUAUGUUUAAUUUGAUUACUACUUAUUUAGAAGUAUUUUCAGUACUACGUUAAUUAAUCUUGUAAUGAAGAUCGUACAAAUAUGGACAAUUCUUAGUUAUAAUAAGUAAGUAUGAGCUUUAAAAUUAUUACAUACGUGCCUUUUUCGUCUUAUGUACCUAUGAAUUGCAAAUAAUGUUAAGAUACAUAUGUAUUUGUUACUUUAAUUUUGCUUAGCUGUAAGUUAAGUAACUACCGCUUUUUAGUACUGAAGAAACGUUUUGGGUAGAGAACUAUAAUUGGCAUCGAAGAACUGUGGUUGAGUGCUUCUCGGGCUCCUUAAAGAUGCAACCGAGUAAAGCCCAAAAUAGGAUGAAUCUUAAAUAUAAUGUCGCAAUUUAAAACCUUUUUUCACGAUAAUAAUAGGAGUUACUCUCAGCGGUUCAAAGCAGAACUGGUAUCUACCUUAGUACCUUACUAAUGUAAUCAAUAAACAUUCAUACACACGGAAUAUUGUUUAAGGUCAAUACGGGUAAGUGUGGCAUACGAGUGUUUAUUAUCACUAAUCAUCGUGUAUACAGUCUGUUACCGGCAAGUGGGCUUUUUUUUCAAGUAGGGUACAGUAACAUAGUUCUUUAACUUAACCAUGAGCUUAAUUUAAUUAAUAAACUAAAAUUCUGAAUCUAUUAACUUUCUAAUACGGAAGGUGGAGAUAAGGAAUGGAAUCUCCAUAUACCAAAAAGUGUCAUCAGAAAUCCUUAAAUAGGUGGCGUUACAAUACCUAGAAUACUUGAAAAAAAAAACAAAUCAUAGACAGCGCACUUCACUCCUCUACUCACAGCUACUCUAGCGCUACUCUGGAGAGAUUUGGAACUAUUAUUUAUAGCUGACCACUGGACACUUUUGCAUAAGUUCUGCCUAUGGAGAUUCCGUUCCUUAACUCUACCUUCCAUACUUUCUAACAAAAAAAUUAUUGCCAGCAAUGUACAGCGCAGUAAAUUGACAAGUGACACUGACAGCCCUUCAUACUUUGCUUAUUGCGACGUUUAUUUCAAGACUUAGCGAUACACAAUUACUAAUGGAUCGUAUUACUAUCAGUUUUUAUAAAUGCCCGCAUGACGGUAACACACUGUAUGUAGUAGAAAUUUUCUGAAGUGGUUAUUUGGGCUUGAACCUCAAUCUGUUAACCAAAAGACAUUGAUCCUUUCGUGCACCGCGGUAGCUACCGAGCUUGUCAUUAGUAUCAUUAUUGAGAAGGAUCAAGCUCGUUUAAAAGGUAAUUUUAGCGUUCUACUUUUAUGGUUCGAAUUCAUAUAACAGCUUUUUGUUAUUUUAUGCUUAAAUAACGAAUUUUUUUACCUGAUUGUGAAUAUGGGUGGCCGAUCGUCCUACAUUACCCAAACGUGUUAUCUCCGAAUGCUGUUACAUAUUUGAAUACACAUUUUGCACCAUGUAAGUAAAACCCUGUGCAUUCUCGUCAUUCUCACCUACGGAGCACAAACUUGGUCUUUGACAAAGAUUCGAAAAACCAAAGUCAAGGUUUGUCAACGAGCCAUGGAGCGUAGUAUUCUCAGCGUGAAGUUAACCGAUCGCAUUAAAAAGACUACGCUUACGCUACUACGCUUCAAAACUGGAAAACUGAUUUAGCUGAAACUGCCGUCAAGCUCAAAUGGGGUGAGCAGGACACGUCUGCCGUAUGCCGGAUGACCUGUGGGCCAAAACAGCCACCAGUUGGGUCCCACAAAUUGUAAGGCGUCACGGUAGACCUUGUCGGAGAUGGCGGGACGAGCUUUACGCCUGUGACAGAGACUGGUGGGAGACUUCCGAGGAUAGGGACACGUCGAAGAGUAAGAGGGAGGCCUUUGCCCAGCAGUGGGACAAUUUGGGCUCAUAAUAAUACUUAUUAAAAUCCUAGAGAUUGCCUUUUAAACGGGCUUGAUCCUUUCCAAGUCAAAUUUGGUAGCUACCGCGGUGUAUAAAAAAAACAAUGCUUUUUGUUUCAUUUUCAAUUGUAAACAGGCCGGAACGUGAUAAAGCCACAUGUACCCGUAUUACCCUUACUAAAUUAACACAGAUUAUAAUUUUAAAAUUAUCUAUUCAUAACUAUUGGAAUAUAUGACGUAUUUGUGUUGAAAUUUCCGUCCUUUCGUAGUAUAGGUGUUUUCAAAUUACUAAGUGUUUAACAAUACUAAUGUACCUAAAUCACGAACUAUUUAUGUUUAUAUAUUUGGUAGGUACUCCAGAAGUGCUGCCACGUGCCUAGCAAUACUCCAAGUGCCAAAUGAGUUGCUUGUACAAAAAAUGCCAUGUGUAUUAGAAUAAUAUGACUACUUAAUGCUUUACCUUAUUUACUUCCUGAUAUAUUGAAAGCAUUAGUGUACGUAUUUAAAACAUUAAAAUAUAUAAAUUAAUUACUUACAGGUGGUUAUAUCUAAGCUACAUAUUAACCCUCGUAUCCUUAUUGAGCCUAUAUACUGUGGGACUUAGUCAAUUUGAGUAAUAAUGUCCUAUGAUAUUUAUUUAUAUCCGUCUCCCCUCCUGGAAUUGUAUAGAAUAGGCAAUAGGUUCAAAAUUUGAAAUUAAUAACGAACUAUAGUUCGUUUUUUUUGCAUUAGAAAGGAGGUAAGCAAUCAUGACGUGUCUUUUUUUGUAAAAAUAAAUAAAACACUUGAAAAAUAAGUCGCGGCAAUUAUGUAACAAUUAAAUAAUAUACGAUUAUUUACAUUCUUUUGCUUGAAUUCUUUCAUUCUGUUACAUAAACUAAUUUGAAAAAUAAAAUUUUCAAUGAUAGAAGUUAGUAUAGUCGUUCGAUUUGAAGCCGGCCCGAAGCGGCUAAUCUUUUGUAUAUCGUUAACUAAAACCGCGCGUGCCACUAUCUGCAAAAAAAGGGUCGUAUAAUUCUAAUUCGCAAAUUAUUUUUCCAUUUGUUCAUUUUGAAUCUUAAUUAUUAUUUAAUGAAAUAACCGGUUAAAGUGACCGGCCCCUUUUUUGCUGGUAGUGGCACGCGCCGGUUUAGUUAACAAUAGACAAAGGAUAAGCCGUUGGGGGCCAGCUGCAAAUCUAACGACUAUACGUAUAACUCUGCGUAGGGGGCGGCGCCUUUAGUAUAAAUCGCGGCCUAACGCGAAACACGAGAAUCGAAAUUUCGUUAUCUGCCUCUCUAUCACUCCAUCAUAUUCGAGCGUUAAAGAGCCAGAUAACGAAAUUUAGAUUUUCGUGUUUCGCGGUAGGCCUCUGUAAACAAACCGCCUUCUCUCGAAAUCUUCUCAAAAUGUCUCUUCGGUCGUGUUUUAAUUUAUCGCCACUCGUUACGAAUUUGCCCCAGUGGCGAAGUUGGCCCAGAAUAUUCGAAAUCCGGAAUCACUUUAGGAAUAAAAUAAUGGUUAGCAUUGAGUAGUCUGAAGAAUAGUUCUACUAUAGUACAUUACGAUACAAGUGCGAAAAAUAGGAAAUUCGAAACGAGUGGCGAUAAAUUAAAACACGACCGAAGGGAGUGUUUUAAAUCGACACGAGUUGCGAAUUACCUAUUCGCACAUGUAUCGUACGUUUUACAGUACAUAUGGCCCUUUAAAUGUUCGAAAAUUUCGACAUAGUAACGUAAUAUGCUAAUUUUCGCACAAGUGCGGUUGCGGUAAAGUAGCACCAUAAUAUGUACUGUAAAAUAUUUAUUAUUAUAUGAACGAUGUAUUUUUGUAAUAUCCGCCAUAAAUGCCCUAGUGCAGUGCCUUAACAAUAUUAUAUAAGAUUACUUUAUUUAGUUUAGUGAAUAAGUUGUCGUUUGAAGUAUUUUACAUAUUUUUGAUAUUUUACUUUUUUUGAGAUAUACAUACAUGUGCCUUGAUAAGAAAGAAAUAAAUUGUAUACGUUUUAUAUAUA